AUGGUAAAAUAUAACUACUUACUCAAUGCUUUGAAAGGUGAAGCCAGGGACUAUAUAAGAAAGUUCCAGAUCAUUAAGGAUAACUACUCCAAGGCCAUAAACUUCCUACUUGUGAAAUACAAUAACAGGGAAGACCUAAUUAACCAGUUGGUAGAAAGACUGGAUCAGUCGGUAUUACGAAGUCCAUCAAUAAAGGACCGACGUCAUCUUCUCGAACAACUACAAGUGAUUGUAGCCCAGUUGACUGAAAAGGGAGAAGGGGUCAAUAGCCCAUGGCUAAUAAAAAAGGUGUUAGCCAAACUUCCCGAUUCGGUCAAGCGGAAAGUGAUUGCCAAAAAGCAAGGACUAUCCGCAGACGUUCCUUUUACAAUGCAACAUCUCUUUAAGUUCAUAGGUGAGAUAUUGUUCACGGAAGAAAUGUUCCUAUCCUUUUCCGAGAAAAGUCCUCCAAUGCAACAGAGGCAAGUGAACAAUAAUAUUAGACCGCACUUGAUGACAAAAUGCUGCAUGUACUGCAAGAACAACUAUCCCUCGCAUUCAUGCAUACAGUAUUCUACUCCCCAGGAUCGGUCCGCAUACUUGCGUAAGGAACAACUUUGCAUGAUAUGCGCAUCUCCUAAGCAUAGGACGACUAAGUGUAAAGGUCGUCCAUGCUUCAACUGUAAAAGGUUACAUCAUACGUCAUGUUGUUUCAAGAACAAUACUGAAUCAAGGCCGUCACAAUAUAAGGGCAAUAACCCAACUAACAUUGCAAGACCACAAGAAAAAGUGAAGGAAAGAAUCAAUAAAGGGUCAUCUAAGAUGGUUCGUUCAAACGUUAUUGCCAAUUCUGACAAUACGACAAGCGAAACAUCAAUUCUGCAGUUACAAACAAUACUCAAUACGAACAACAAUAGCAAAUAA